CGGGACGAAGCGAAGUCGUCACUCCUCCGCGUUUCGUCUACAUGCGUGUACUCGUACCGUCAUAGUGAAUAUUUUUUUUUGCGCACACACACCUUUAUAACAUGAAGUUCCUAAUUUUACUAGCCCUUUGCGGCACAGUGUCGUUGAUGCCCAUGGAAAAUAGAACGGAUAACGAACAGAAAAAUAAUGGUACUGACAAAGCGCCAACAGCAAUAUGCGAGACACAGACACCGUGUGCUUGGACCCCAUAUGCUUUACAUACAAAGCAAUUACUAAACAAGAUCGUUAACACAUAUUGCAUAUGCGCUACCGAUAUGUCAUGCGAAGUGACUGACGACGAUCUCGAGGUGAACAGCUACAUCCACCACUGCCGGCCCCUGGGCUUCGAGUCUGACAUCAUCCUGAGAUAGCGACCCUGACGACCUUCGGUGAUAGGCGUCGAAGUCUUCACCCAAUUCUUGACGUCGCUUGUUCCUUCGAACAGUGUAUUAAAUAUCACAAAUAAUCACAAUUUCAAACUAACCAUUACUUAUCAUUAAAAUGACAUUCAACAAUAUUUCACAAUUUUAAAUCAAUGUGUAUUAUAAUUUUAAGACAAUUUUACUUAAUUAUCAUGAAUUUGUACUUAUUUUUUAUGCUUGAAAAUGUUAUUUGUGUACUGCGCGAGGUAAAGCACGUCUACAAGUAAAGUUCCUAUUCAAUCUAGUAUGUUUCCUAAUAGGUUUAAUUAGAUAGUACAUAGUGAAAUGAUAUGCUAGAAAAUGCUUAGUUUAAGUGAUUUGACAUCAUAGUAAUAAGUAUUAAUGAGUAUAAAACUGUGAAGACAUAUGUGAACAUGGGUGUUUUUUGAAAUAAAAUGUAUUGCAUUAAUUA